CGACUUCGACCGCGGUCCGACGACGACACGACUCGUUUUCUACGACGGCGACCGUAGUGUGUAGUGGGUAUUAUAGUAGGCACGUCUUGCGCCAUUCCGUCGUCUACACAUGGACGUGUCACACGUGUAGUUUGUGCCCGCGCUGCACAUCGUAACGACUCGACGCGCACGCCGCAUCAUAUCGUUUUAUUUUUUAUCGACACAAUAAAAAUAAUUUUAACACAGAAAAUUCGUCGUCGUGUGAUACUACAAUAUUAUACCGUCAUCGAUUUUAUAUGCAUUUAUAUAUAUAAAAAAAUAUAUAUAAAUAUUUUUUAAUUUUUACGCGCGAUUUGUGUUCGUCUGACAAUUGUGUGCGCGGGAGGCUGCAAUUUAGUGUCGCGGCUUAUAUGCUGUCCGCUGAUUCCGUCGUGUGUUUGCGCACCUAUAUAAAGUACGCGUACGCCACGGUGAAUAUUAUAAUAAUAUAAAAUAAUCGACGACGAUCCCGCCCGGAGCACCGACGCCGAGAAUAUUGUGUACAAUUUUUUUAAAUUUUUAAAAAUAGAAAAACCGCGCGGCACAUGCGCCACGAGUUCUAUUAUUGUACGGACGCAGGUCGAAUUACUCGUAAUCGUGCGGCGGCGGGAGGGCGACCGUGGAAUUCAACACGACGACGGCAUAACCGUUCGUAUCUUCACCGCAGUGGCAACAGCACACCGCCGGUGUCCGCCGUUAUCAGUGCCGCGGCCGUUGUUAUCAGUGACAUUUGUUUUCGUUAUUUUUGUUGAAUAUUUGUUAUUAUUGUUGCUCCCGCGUACCCGUUACUCCGUAGUAAUAGGUGUCCCGUGAACACCUAAGUAAAAUCUCGUCCCUCCGAAUAGGAAAUUUCGAGUAAGUAAUAUCGUACUCGACGUUUUCCGCGGUCGGCCGGUGCUGACCGUCUCGCGUGUGCGUGCAGUGCGUGGAUGACCAGUCGUAGGCGGUCAAGUGCAUGAGGUGGACAGCGAUGGACAGUGCGUCUGGCGGUGGCGGCCGCGACAAUAGAUUCGGCAUGGGUUACGCGUCGAACAUGUCGCUGUUGGACCCGUCGGACAUUUACAACAACGGUGUCGGCGGUCAGCAGCAACGGCCGUCCACGUCGCGUACACCACCCAUGAUGGGAUGCGGUCCCGGUGGUCCCGUUCACCAGCGAGGCAUCAAGCGAACCAUGGGCCCAGGCACUAACAUGUGCUACGAACCUACUGACCACCAUCGGUUGGUCGAUGACAACUUUUCGCCACCUUCCGUCAAGGACGUAUCACCGUCGAACGGCAAGAAAACCAAGGGCCGUGUAAAAAUCAAAAUGGAAUACAUCGAGAACAAGUUGCGCAGAUACACAACGUUCUCCAAGAGGAAAACUGGCAUCAUGAAGAAGGCAUAUGAGUUGUCAACAUUAACAGGCACUCAAGUGAUGCUAUUAGUGGCAUCCGAAACGGGACAUGUGUAUACCUUUGCCACUCGCAAGUUACAGCCGAUGAUUACUUCUGAAGCUGGCAAAGCACUAAUUCAAACAUGCUUGAAUUCUCCAGACCCAUGUCCGUCCUCAUCGGGUGCAAACUCAGGGGAUCAACGCAUGUCAGCAACUGGAUUCGAGGAGACUGAUCUGUCUUAUAACAUUGGUGACGACCAUGAUUCCAAAGAAACCGACGGGAUGAGUUCUAGAGCGUCGGACAGCGGCGCGGAGUCUAGCGGAUCGGAAUCACCACCCCCCGCAGCAGCCGGUCCAGCCACGCGGUCACCGCCGUCGCCGUCGCCGCCGACGUCCUCCUCUGCAGCGGUAGCAGCAGCAGCAGCCGCCGCGUCUCCCGGGAUUUUUAGAUUGACGUCGAGCAACGCAGAAUUGGUGUACUCAAACCUAGCAGCUAUGGUCAAUUCAUCUGGUGCUUCCGGUCCUCAGCAGCAGGCUGCCGUCCUGUUCCGGUUAGGACAGCUAGGUCGGCAGCUUCAAGCGUCCGGACAACAACCGUUCAUACUACCGAUGCCGAAUCCGCCAGCGGCACAUCAGACACCUGCCGAUCUCAGCAGCAAGUCGUCGCGGAAUAAAUCAGAACUCUGAAAUCCUUACAGACGUCUAUGUAACGUCCAAAGUACAUGAUAUUAUAAUAAUAUAUACUUAAAUAUACAUGUGCACGCCCGCGAUAGCGUCUUACAAAAUAUUUUUAUGUUUAUUAUUAUUAUUAUUGUUACGAUAUGUUAUAUAGAUUUUUUUCACACA